AUGACAAGUUUAUUUGACAAUUUGGCACGCCGCUUCCUUGGGCAGCAGUAUGCGCCUGUCAGCACUUCCGAGGACCCAGAAAGCCAGGUGCGGGUUCCGGGAUCGUUUGCAGCGACUCCCGAGGGUAAUCAAGUGGCGAAUUCCAAUGUUUCCGAGGGUCAUAAUCGAUUACCGGGGGAUGCACCUAUCGGCGAAGAACCUGCAACCGCGCCGCGGGCAGCAUUAACAUCGCAUAAUUUAAACCAUGUAUUGUUCCGAUUCAGCACCAUCUGCCAACUCCUCGUAUACAAGCCAUUGAUGGUGGUUCUGGUACUCAUUUGUCGCGUGGUUGCUGCUUUCAUCAACGUCAUCUAUUUCCGAGAUGAAUACGCUGCUACGGCAAAUAAUCCUUCAGACCCCAUCGACAAUGCCAAUAAGUUUAUCCGAGAGCUCGAAUAUAAUUUGCAACCAUCAGAACCAAUGCAUACGCUUCCGCCGUUUUUUCAAGGAAGUUACACCCAGGCUCUCUUUAUGGCCACCAACAGAGCCAAGUUUCUUUUUGUAUAUUUGGCACAUCCCCGCUCAGAAAAUUCUUCCGGAAUGUUUGAGAACAUCAUAACGGCUCCCGAAUUCACCUCUAUCUUUAAUGACCCAGACUACAUAAUAUGGGGCGGAGAUCUUACAAGUUCUGAGUCUUAUCAGCUUGCAAACUCGCUUAAUGUCACCAGAUUUCCAUUUCUUGGGCUUAUGUGUCUCACUCGUUCCACCACCAUGAUGCCUCUGGGUCCAGUAAAAUCAGCCCCCAAGAUUUCUUUGGUGCUGAAAGUUCAAGGACGGGUCAAGGAUCGUGCCAGGGCCCAGGCGAUCAUCAGCAAUAAAUUCAAAAAUCGAAUUAACAAGUAUGAGGCGGAUCUUCGAGAAAUUCGUCAUGAGUUAAUGAACAAGUAUAUGAGCCAGGUGCUCGUUAAACAACAAGAUAUAAGCUACCAGAACUCGUUGGCCCGUGACAAAGCCAAGAAACUUAAACGUGAGAGAGAAGGUAAAUUGCUGGCAUAUUUGCAGCUGAAAGUUGAACAUUUUUUGCAACUUCAAAAUUCGCAACUGCCAGAUUCUGCUCGUGUGGGCAUUCGGUUCUCCAAUGGAAAUAGAGUAACACUUACACUCCCAAGCACCACCAAAGUUGCAGAAAUCUACGAGUUUGUGGAAAUUCACAGAAGAGGAUACGACACUGAACCGCAAACUCUAAGCUCUCAAAAUGGUCAAAAUUCCCAAAAUUCUCUCAUGUCUCUCGAAAUUGCUCCUGACGACUUCAAGUUCAGCUUGGUUUCCUCGGUGCCUCCAAGAAGCCUGCUCAAAGAUUUUUGGGAAAGUUCUGUUCGAGAUGUCAAUUUCAUCUACCCCAAUGGAAUGCUUAUAGUAGAGGAUAUAUAG